AUGACUGAAAGGGAAAGGGUAACCAUUGCGCAAGCAUUCAGUGAUUACCACGAAAAAACCUGCAUAAAAUUUGUACCAAAAACUGAUAGUGAUAUCGAUUAUCUCUUUAUCAGAAGAAGUGUACCCUCCGGUUGUUCGUCAUUUGUUGGACGAGGUGGCGGCAAACAGAAUGUAUUGUUAGCAGCUGGAAAAUGUUAUGUAAAGGGAAUCGUCGCACAUGAGUUGAUGCAUGCGAUUGGGUUUCUUCACGAGCAUUCACGUACCGAACGCGAUGAGUAUAUAAAUAUCAUAAUGGAAAACAUUAUACCCGGGAAGCAACGGAACUUUGAAAAAUAUCCAGGAAUAGUUGUUAAUUCGUUGGGAAUGCCUUACGAUUAUAAUUCGGUGAUGCACUAUCACAGACAGGCAUUUUCCCGUAAUGGAAAACCAACUGUUGUACCUAAAGAUCAAAAUGCGAAAAUUGGACAGCGAUACGGGCUGAGCGAUAUCGAUGUCAAAAAGAUAAACAAGCUUUAUAAAUGCGACAAACGAUCAAUGCCACUAAUGACAGCAACUCCUGCUACAAUGACCGAUGAAACCACUUUUAUCCCAAAUGGUAUAACAAUACAUCCAUUUUAUCCAUAUCUGAACUAA